AUACAAUUCUAAAUUAGAGUGAUGGCAGAUGGGAACAGUUUGAAGAGUUUCAAAAUAUUGUUAGUUGCAGCUUCCAUGACCUUUUCCAUUUUGAUCAUAUUUUUUUGCACAUACCAAAACUCAAUCUCUAUAGGUCCAAAGAAUAAUCUAUUUGAAGAUGUGAAGGAUAAUCUAAUUCUAUCUAAAAUCACUGAUGACAAGCUUCUCGGUGGACUUUUAGUUUCCUCAUUUGGUGAAGCAUCGUGCAUUAGUAGGUUUGAAUCUUACUUGUACCGGAAAACUUCUUCUUACAAACCUUCUAAAUAUUUGAUAUCUAAGCUACGAAACUAUGAACAUCUUCAUCAAAGUUGUGGACCUAAUACUAAAUCUUACAAUGAAACCAUGAAAGAGGGUGCACAAUUUGAAAAACAUGAUGUUGAUUCAAGAUGUAAAUAUGUUAUCUGGAUAGCCGAAAAUGGCUUAGGGAACAGGAUGUUAUCCAUGGUUUCAACAUUUCUUUAUGCAAUCCUUACAGACCGCCUUGUUAUUGUUAGAUUUGACGAUGAUAUGUCAAAUCUCUUUUGCGAGCCAUUUCCUAAUUCUUCAUGGUUGUUGCCCAAGAACUCUCCUUUUUCAAAUGAUUUGAAACAAUUUAAAACAUUUGAAAGCAUGCUUACAAAUAACAAUGAAAACAAUUCACAAGAGCUUUUGCCAUCAAUUAUUUUUCUUACUUUAAUGAACUACAAUCUUGGUGAUACUCGUUUUCAUUGUGAUCAAAAUCAAGAUCUUCUUCAAAAAAUUCCUAUAUUGAUUUUACAGGCAGAUCAAUAUUUUGCCCCUACUUUUUUUAUGAUAUCCUCUUUUAGACAAGAUUUAUACAAAAUGUUCCCAGACAAAGAUACUAUUUUUCACCAUCUAGGACGCUACCUUUUUCACCCAUCAAAUGAGGUUUGGGAAGGAAUUCGAAAAUAUUAUGAGACACACCUAGGCAAAGAAAAUGAGAAGAUUGGCGUACAAAUUAGAGUAUUUAAUGCCGAGCAAACACCAGAAAUCAUUAUCAAUGAAACUAUAUCUUGCAUCCAUCAAAAUAAGUUGCUGACAAAAUUCAACAUGCAGAGCUCAAUGAAACCUCCUUUGGAGAAAAAUACCUCAAAAGUUGUUCUAGUGGUUUCUUUAUACUCGAAAUAUGGUGAGAGUCUAAAGAGUAUAUAUGAGAGUAAUACAAGUUUGAGCACUGGAAUAAUAAAAGUGUAUCAGCCAAGUCACGAAGAGCAUCAAAAGUUAGGAGAUAACAUGCACAACAUCAAGGCAUGGACCGAAAUAUAUUUGUUGGGUUUGUGUGAUGCAUUGGUUACAAGUACUUGGUCCACUUUUGGGUACGUUGCUAAUGGUCUUGCAGGUUUGAAACCAUUGAUUUUGCAAAAUGUACAUGGAAAAAUUGUCCCAAAUCCACCUUGUCAACAAAACAAUUUGGAACCUUGUCUCCAUAUUCCUCCAAAGUAUGAUUGUCGGACCAAUACCCCGUUCAAUGAUACUUUUACUUUUUAUAAUACGAAACACUGCGAAGAUUAUCCAGGAGGAAUAAAGAUAAUUAAUAUAUUUGUCAUUCUUUUGGAUCAAAUACAAUUUCAAAAUAGAAUGAUGGCUGAAGGGAACAAUUUGAAGAGUUUCAGAACAUUAGUAGUUGCAGCUUCCAUGACCAUCCCUAUUUUGAUCAUACUUUUUGUCACACACCAAAACUCAGUAUAUGAUAUCCUCAAAGAAUACAAUGUAUUCAUUGAAAGAGCCAACGAUAUUGCUACUAAUAAACAGAAGACUCAAAAUCCAGAUGUGAAGGAUGAUGAAGAGAAACUUCACGGUGGACUUUUAGUUUCCUCAUUUGAUGAAGCAUCAUGUAUUAGUAGGUUUCAAUCUUAUUUGUAUCGGAAGGCAUCUCCUUACAAACCUUCUAAAUAUUUGAUAUCCAAGCUACGAAACUAUGAAAAUCUUCAUCAACGUUGUGGACCUUAUACUAAGUCUUACAACAAAACCAUGAAAGAGGGUGCAAACUUUAGCAAAAAUGGUGUUGAUUCAAUGUGCAAAUAUCUUAUCUGGACAAUUGCAGAUGGCUUAGGGAAUAGGAUGAUAUCUAUGGUUUCAGCAUUUCUUUAUGCAAUCCUCACAGAUCGCGUCCUUCUUGUUAGAUUUAAUGAUGAGAUGUUGAAUCUCUUUUGCGAGCCAUUUCCUAACUCGUCAUGGAUGUUGCCUGAGAACUUCCCUUUUCCAAAUGAUUUGAAUCAACUUCAAACAUUUGAAAGCAUUAUUGCGAAAAACAAGGAAAACAACUCACAAGACCUUUUGCCAUCAAUUAGUUUUCUUCCUUUAAUGAACUACAAUAGUGGUAAUUCUCGUUUUCAUUGUGAUAAAAAUCAGGAUCUUCUACGAAAAAUUCCCGUGCUGAUUUUACAGUCACAUGAAUAUUUUGUCCCUUCUCUUUAUAUAGUAUCCUCAUUUAGACAAGACUUCGACAAAAUGUUCCCCGACAAAGACACUACUUUUCACCUUCUAGGACGUUACCUUUUCCAUCCAUCAAAUAUAGCGUGGGAACGAAUUAAGAAUGUAUAUAAGGAACACCUAGCCAAGGUAAAUGAAAGGAUUGGGUUGCAAAUUAGAAUAUAUAAUAUUCGUGAUACACCAGAAGAAACCAUUAUCAAUGAAACUAUAUCUUGCCUCGAGCAAAAUAAGUUGUUGCCAAAAUUCAACAUGAGUUCUCCUUUGGAAAAGAAUACCUCAAAAGUUAUUUUAGUGGUUUCUUUAUACUCAAAAUAUGGUGAGGGGCUAAAGAGUAUAUAUGAAAGUAAUACAAGUUUGAGCAAGGAAGUAAUAAAAGUGUAUCAGCCAAGUCAUGAAGAGAAUCAAAAUUCAGGUGAUAACAUGCACAACAUUAAGGCAUGGGUCGACAUAUAUUUGUUGGGUUUGUGUGAUACAUUGGUUACAAGCCCAGGGUCCACUUUUGGGUAUGUUGCUCAUAGUCUUGGAGGAAUGAAGCCAUUGAUUUUGAAAAGUAUAGAUGGAAAAACUAUCCCAGAUCUACCUUGUCAACGACUCAAGGACAUGGAACCUUGUUACUAUGAUCCUCCCAAUUAUAAUUGUGCCUCUGAUAUCCCAGUCGAUUACACUUCUAUUUUUCAUAAUAUUAAACGUUGUAUAGAUCUACCACAAGGAAUGAGGAUAAUUAAUACGUAGGAUUA